AUGGAUACUGAUGAGUCCUCAGAUGAUGAUCAGCAGCCUCAGCGCGGCCGCAACACCAGAAAGCAGCAGCAACAGCAGCAAUUUGUGAAGCAGCGGCGCAGAGCGCACGCAGCAGCGGCAGCGGCGACAGCAGCAGAAGAAUCUGAAGAUGUUAUGGACGAGGGCGACCAGCAUGACGAUGAUGAGGGGCAGAACGCAUCAGGUUCCGAUCAGGAGGAGGGCCUGCGCUCGGCAGGACGGCAGCUGCGAAGUGCAGGCACCCCGCUCAAGAAUGCGCCCCAGCCGCAGCCCUCGCAGCCGCAGCCCAAGCCGCGGCGCCGCGCCGCCACGAAGCAGUGCACGCGGCAGCCGGAGGACGUGACGCGCCUGCUGCCCCCGGGCCUGGACGAGGAGAUGCUGCGCGCCACGCAGCGCUUCAGCCUGCUGUUCCACGGCUGCGGCUCCAAGCGCGCCCUCCUCCACGCGUUUGCCGCCGAGGCCCUGACAGACGGCGGCGUCCUCGCUAUCCGCGGCCACAUGCCAGGGGUCACGUCCAAGGCCGUCCUCGCCGCAGUCGCCGCCGCGCUCGCGCACAAGGCCGCCCGCGGCGCGAGCCACGACGAGCUGCUAGCGACUAUUCAGGCGGAGCCCGCGGGGCGGCGGCUGUACGUGAUCCUCCACAACAUUGACGGGCCGGGCCUGCGGUCGCCAGAGGAUCAGCUGUGGCUCGGGCGGCUGGCGCAGUGCCCCAACGUGCACCUGGCGGCCUCGGUGGACCACGUGAACGCGGCGCUGCUCUGGGACGCGCGUGCCUGCGCGCGAUUCAGGUGGCUCUGGGUGGAGGCGCCAACCUACGCAGCCUACGAGGACGAGACACGCGACGUGCCGCCCCUGCUCACCAGCUGCCUCCAGAGCUCGAGCAAGCGCGGCGCGGCCACGGUGCUGGGCACGCUCGUGUCCAGCGCGCGCGCCGUGUUCCGCGUGCUGGCCGAGCACCAGCUGGCCGACCCGGGGGCGGGGGGCGCCAGCCAGGGGCUGCUCUUCAGGAUGUGCCGCGAGAGGUUCAUCCUCAACUCGGAGCAGGCCCUGCGCAGCCACCUGGUGGAGUUCCGGGACCACGAGCUGGUCAGGGGCACCCCGGGCCCAGACGGCGGCGAGCUCCUCUACAUCCCCAUGGAGCCAGACGCCCUGAGGCAGGUGCUGGAAGAGAUGGAGGGCGGCGGCGGCGGCGGCGGCGCGCGGGGCGGUUGA